AUGGGCUUGUUUCAGGCAUAUAAAGAAAAAUUAUAUGGUAAAAAAUAUGUUUGGAUUAUAAUUGGUUGGUACCCAGACAACUGGUACAAGAAGAAGGAUCCUAAAUGGCCCGUUAAUUGCACUGCUGACCAAAUUAAAGAGGCACUCGAGGGGCAUAUAACAACCGAGGCUGUCGUUUUACAUCAAGAGAACACUGUAACACAAUCUGGAAUGACUUCACACAGAUUCAAGGAAAGAUUGGAUGCAAAACUGAAUUAUACAGAUACAAGUCAGAUCGUUGGGUAUCCAGAGGCCCCACUAGCUUAUGAUGCUGUCUGGGCUUUAGCUUUAGCACUGAAUAAAACUUCAAUGCAGUUGGUGGAACAAAGGAAAUCUUUGGAACAUUUCGACUAUUACAGUGAUGAUGUUACGAAAGAAAUUUACUCAGCAAUGAAUAAUACCAGAUUUCUUGGAGUUUCGGGAAAUGUUGCUUUCUCCUCGGAAGGUGACAGAAUUGCUUGGACACAGAUUGAACAGAUGAUAAAUGGAACAUAUCGCAAAUUAGGUUACUAUGAUUAUAACUCAGAUAAUUUUACAUGGUUUGAUGCUGAAAAAUGGAAGGGUGAAAAGCCGCCACCAGAUCGUACCGAAAUAGAACCAUUCCUAAGAGUUGUAACAUACAGUUUAUUUGUAUCUGUUUGUGCCUUAGCUGCCUUGGGGAUAAUUUUUGGAAUUGUAUGUCUGUGUUUUAAUAUUGCCAACAAACAUAGAAGAUGCAUAGCAUAUUCUCAACCAAAUAUGAAUAAUAUAACCAUAUUUGGUUGUAUGAUGUGCUUGAUUUCAAUUUUCUUGUUGGGAUUGGAUGGACAGUUUGUUGAACCAGCCACUUUUCCUAUUAUCUGCCAGAUCCGAUGUUGGUUAUUGUCACUUGGUUUCACAUUAGGAUAUGGGGGGAUGUUUUCAAAAAUUUGGACAGUUCACAGGUUGACUACUGCUAGGAAAAAAGAAAAAAAGAAAGUAAACAGCUGUGAACUGUAUACAGUGUUGAUAGUAAUUUUAGUAUUAGAUGUUGCCUGUCUGACAACGUGGCAAAUCAAGGAUCCGUUGUAUAGAACGGUUGAGACAUUUGACAUGGAAACACAAACAAAUACGGACGAAGAUAUAAUGUACCAACCCCAGCUUGAGCACUGUACGUCAAAAAAUAUGUCAGUAUGGUUAGGAGUUAUAUUUGGUUAUAAAGGAAUCCUUUUAUUAUUCGGGAUAUUUCUAGCAUAUGAAACACGGAGCGUCAAAUUGAAGCAAGUGAAUGAUUCUAGAUUUGUUGGAAUGAGUAUUUAUAAUGUUGUGGUGCUAUGUGUAAUAACUGCUCCUAUUACACUACUUAUAAACAAUCAACAAGAUGCCAGCUUUGCCUUUGUGUCGUUAGCCAUUCUUCUAUGCAGCUUAUUAUCCACGGGUCUUAUUUUUGUUCCAAAGAUGAUAGAAAUAAAAAAGCGGCCCAAGAAGUAUAAUUCAGAAAUAAGAACCAUAACCGAGUCCCAUGCUAGUCGUGAAGAAGAGGAGAGACAUCAAAAACUACUAAGAGAAAAUGAUGAAUUUAAAAACCAACUUUCAGAGUUGGAAGACCAAAUUAAAGACCUGAAUUGUCAGCUAGAGAAAAGAUCUCAACAAAGAUUAGCAAUAAGUGCUGAAUACAACAAUAGUCCGAUUUUUGUGAGGCAUUCCGAAGGUGAUGAUGUGGCGUCGGUACAUGAGUUCCGAACGCAUCUGCCGGAUAGAUAUACAAUUACAGUAGAUCCUUGCAGUGACUCUGGAUUUGUUAAAAGUUCAAGAUUUUCUGUUUCUGAUCAAGAUUUGGAGUUUUUAUGAUAUUUGUUUAUCGUUUUCAAUAAAG